GAAGAACUGAGCGGGUCAGCUCCAAACAGGCAGUUUCACUAAGUCCCUCCCACUGAGUGAAAUGGGAGGUGUCCUCAUGCAACAUAUUCAGGCUGCUCUAUUUUUGCAAAGUCACCACUGAAAGAGAGCUGAGAAGGAAAACUUUGUUAAACUGCAAAAAUGUCCCAGCUGAUGGAAAAUGAGGCAUUCAAGGCUUUCACCACCUAUGCUGCUAUUGUCACACUCAAGAUGGUAUUGAUGGGGCCAGUGACCGUUUAUUUUCGCUUCACCAGAAAGUCCUUCAUUAACGAAGAAGACGUUGCAUGGAAGUCUGAAGAGCAGAAGAAGAAGUUGCUGAAAACUCAUCCUGAUGUGGAGCGAGCUCGGAGGUGUCACUACAACGACCUAGAGAACAUCAUUCCAUUCUUCUUCAUUGGCCUACUUUAUGCCCUGUCUGGACCUGAGCUCUCCUCCGCUCUGCUUCACUUCCGCAUCUUCACAGCUGCUCGGAUCUUCCACAGCUUUGCCUACAUCCUGGUCCUGCCCCAGCCCAGCAGGGCAAUCUCCUACUUCCUGGGAAUGCUGGUCACCUUCUCCAUGGCUUACAGCCUGCUCAGCAAAGUUUUCUUCCUGUAAGGAGCGUAACUCCCAUGCCCUCUCUGCAGUAGAGUUCCAUGUUUUUUACAUCACUGACACUGCAAGUGACUGAGCCUUUUAAAUAUUGAGUUUUUGCAUAAUCUUCGACUCAGUAGAAACAUGUAAAAGACCAAAUAAAUAUUUCUUGACUGUUUGUGAGUCAUUGUUUAUCCAGGGAAAGAAAAACAGAGAUGAAACACAAUGCAUGAAUAUAGAGCUCUUAGUAUAAAAUUUGUUGUGUGACAGAAAGUGCUCAGUAUGUCUUCAGCAGUCUAAGCAAAUGACAUCAUAACUAGAGAUAGCUUACAAAAACAAGUCUGGGAGAGAAAUGCGUUGCCUGGAACAUAUGGAACAAUAAGAUCUUUGAUAUGAGAUGAACCUUAAGGAUUCAGCGUUUUAAAUUUUUGAAUUAUAUAUAUAUCUGUUGUAACAGGAAGCUUUGUUUAUUCUUAGAGAAUUACAGUAGUCUCAAAGAUAAAAAACAAUGUUCUUUAAAUCAUAAUAAUAAUCAAACACCAGGUUAAUGUCACCCAGAUUAAGUUUGUUCUUCAGAUGUUCUGGUUCAAAGACAUAUUCUGCCUUCCAGGGUUGUAUAUCUUUGUAACAUGCCUGUAGUCUAACUGGGUGCUUCUUUAGUAUUUAUGAAUAAAUGUAGGGAAAAUGUG